AUGCCGCGACCAUCGCUACAGCGCACCAGUGUGCACACUACACCUGCUUCCAAUCCCCCAAGAUACAAUAAGAAGAUCGAGGAGGAUAGGCGCACCAGUGUGCGCACUAUACCUGCCUCCAGUCCCUCAAGACACAAUAAGAAGAUGGAGGAGGAUAGGCGGACCAGUUCCCCUAAGACCAAGGAAAUUGAGGCGCAUGAUAAGAAAACCUAUAAGAUAGACGGUAAACAAAGAACAAGAGAGGACUCACCUGAGGGAACGUGCCCUGCAAAAAAGAAAGUCUUAAGUGAGGAACCAAAGUCCAAAAUCCCAUUGUAUGGACAAUGCCAGUUCACACAAUCACAUGACCUGUUGGUUCGAAAUCUUUCUGGUACCAGUUCUAUGUCGCGUUGUCCCUGCCUAAUGUCAUCUACCAAAAAGAAUGUUGCCAAGAAGCGGGCUGCUGGAGGCAUUGCCCGCAGAGUUAGUGGUCCCAUUGGUUCUCCUGUUUCUGAUGUGGAAGAGGUGUUGCAAACCACAGAGCCAGAUCUGCCUGGCGCAGACAUUCACAGCCUAUGGUGUAUGAUCUGCCAUGACAGCGCCGAGGGAGACAUUGUACUCUACAAGUGCGAUGUUUGCCCGCACAUCAUGUGCAGUUGCUGUAUCAAUGUCCCUGCCAGUCACGUUGGCCUUGUACAGCAUGUCGACGUGUUUUUCCUUUGCCUGUCGUGUCAUUCUCAGCGCUGCCUCAGGAAGCCGGCUCCAUACAUUGGAUUCUACAGCACCGGCUUGCCAGAGCAAGGAGGGCGUCCUGUCCUUCUGCAUUUCCUCCGGUUCAAUGGCAAGUUUGAGACGUCAUCAUACACGUUGAUGGCUUCCACGCCCAUCACUGUCAUUCAUUUCAUCCUCAGCAGCAAGACUGAAGUUAUUACACCCAUUCCCCUCCUUUCUCACUACUUGAAGUACUUUUUUCCUAAUGGUGGGUACACUUACCUGGAGGUCGUGUUCGAUGUUGCGACACAUGAGAAGAUCAACGCAUACACUCACAUGCAGCAAACCAUUCUGAACAAGAUAGUGGGUGGCUAUUUUCAGGUACUAUCUACAGUGUUCAGUCCUCGUGACUCUCUUCUCAAGGCUGCUAACAUGGUGUUCCUCAUGUGCAGCUCUAUUGUUGCCUAUGAGGACUCAUUUGUUGAGCUCAAGCAGGCCAUCCUGAAUCUCGAGGUCACCUCUGCCAUCAUAUUCCCCGCAACAAGGUUCCAACCACUGGUCGCCACCAACUUCUUACUUGCAAUGGCGGAGCUCGUCGUAGUCGAGCAACUCGAUCUACACAAUGUCUUCCCUGCUCUUCUCUUCCUUUUUAACCGCCUUGGACAACAUUCCAAAGUCAUUCUGAUGACAAGGGAUGACAGUGCAAACAGUCCUCGGCUGUUGGUGACAACUUUUGCGUGCGCCCACAUGCAGACGCAGCCCUGGGGCAUCGAGGUGCCUGGACAAUGCCCUCUCUGUGGAUCAACUAACAGCUGGUCAGAGAAGGUCGGUGUGGCAGUGCUCAACAAGUCUGAAGACGCCAAUGCUCAAGACUGGGCUACAGUUGCAAGAUAUAUAUAUACUUGUACAUACAUUGGAUGUGGUAAGAGCCAGGAAAAGCCCUCCCACAGGUUCUACAUGGACAAACCUCCGGGUGUUCUUGUCAACGCAGCUAAGAGUAAGACCAGUGGGUGGUUCAAGUCCCCUUCCACUAUCUUUCCACCUCCACCCUUGGUUCAGUCAUCGCCUACUCGUAAUUUAAUUAAUUUUGUGUUCAAGGUUGAACAUCUCCAUACAAUACGCAACCAGAUUGUCACCAAGCACAAAUCACUGGAGGAUUCUGUUGUCUUGCCAAAGGGCUUGAGAAAGUUCCUAACCAAUGAGGAUGACAUACGUGCCGAAGAAGAGAUUCUAGGAGCUGAACAGGACCAGGAUGAAGCAUCUGGUGUGUUGCCUGAGGAGAGGGAGGCUGCAGCUCGUCCAAAGGAUGCUGGAUUCUACAAAAAGGAAAUUACUGACUGGGACGUCGCGCAGAAGCUCUUCAAGGAGGAAAUCAAUGAUUAUGACAAGGAAGAGCAGUCAAAGUUAGGGGAAAAACAUUCAAUUAAAUUCUGUAUGAGAAAUGCGAGGGAAUGGUUCAAAAAUAUGACCCCCACACAAGAGAAAGAGAUACAGGAUGCCAAGGAAAAGUGGGAUACCAAGGGUGCACCAGCCGAGUCACAGGCAAUGUAUCAAAAGAGAAACCUCAAAAAAAUCCUGGAGGAUUUUACAGAACAAAUUUGUUGUACUAUGGGAUGUCGUGUCGUGAUGCUAGUCAGUCACAAAAAAAUUUCAGAUCAGACUUUGAACGUUAUUGUUUACGAGUCCAAGGCCGUGAAUAGCAAGAGAUUGUUCACACAAAGUUCAAAAGGCAACAAAGAAUGGAUGUCUGAUGGGUUCAAUAAAUUUGCUGAGUGGUCCAAGGCAGAAUUUUACUCAGAUGAGGAUACAAAGGACAAGUUGCCUGAACUUAUUUUGGACCAGAAAGGCUAUGCGAAGCUUCCGUUACGCGGUGGCAUUAACACCAAAGGACAGCAAGAACUAGUCUGUUGGAUCUUCCAUGUGUCAUACAGUGAGGUGAUGUCUGCUCAGUUAGUGUUGAUGGGACUUACCGGUGCUUGUACAGAAGUCUUCACUAAAAGUGCCAAGCCAGUACCUUGGCGUGAAGUCAUCGCCAAGCCGAGUUUGUACUUGGAUCUGAAUUGCCUCCCUAAGGACUUCUUGCUGAGGGACCCAUCUCAUUUGAGGGCCAGUGACAUCAACAAGCUGUGGGAUCAUUGGGAAGCAAGAUGUGCAGCCAAGCAAAGGCUGGUUAUUUUUCUUGCAGCCAAGAUCAGUGACAUGAGCAAAGCAAGCCUGAAGAAUUCAGUUCCCUAUAAGGCGAAGAAAACGAAAGAGUACGUGGAAAUCAGUGAUGAAAACCACAGUGAUAGCUCAGCUGGACUACCCACAACACCACGUACUGAUGGGCCGGCCGGGACCAAACAUGUGUCCAAUCCAUCGGCCAGUGCUAACUCCAGGGCAUGUACCACCGGGGCGGCUGACAGUGAUUCCUCAGAUGAGGAAUCAGCCAUACUGUCCUUUGCAGGAUGUACAACAGCAUCGGCCACUCGACCCUCUGGUGCUCAAGAAGGUGCACCAGCAGCGGUUGCUAUGAAGGAUCGUGUCCGGUUCUUGAAGUCCCUUAGCAACCAUGAUGGAUACCUACUGUUGGUUGAAGGCAUCAAUGAGCUUAGAUGA